AUGUCUCUCUUCCGCACCAACCUCCCAGCCAACGACGGUUUCUCGUCUCUCUUCCGUCUUCUUGACGACUAUGACCAGCACCGCACUGGUCGCCAACAGUCAGCGCUGCGCAUCACACCACGCUUCGAUGUCCGCGAAAGCAACGACGCAUACCACUUGGACGGAGAGCUUCCCGGAAUUGCGCAGAGUGAUAUCGACAUUGAAUUCUCCGACCCGCAGACCUUGGUCGUGAAGGGUCACACCGAGCGCUCUUACAAGGCCGAGCCAUCGGAACAGGCCCAAGGCCAGGAGGAAGAAGGCUCCACUGCUGUCUCUGAGACCGUCAAGACUAAAAAAUCCUCCAAGUCCGAGUCGAAGUCCAUCUUCUGGGCUAACGAGCGCGUGGUCGGCGAAUUCCAGCGCACUUUCUCUUUCGGUCAGCGCGUCGACCAGGAUGCUGUUAAGGCCAGCCUGAAGAAUGGCAUCCUGUCUAUCACUGUGCCUAAGGCGGCUUCCGCUUCCGUCAAGAAGAUUACCAUUGAGUAA